AUGAACUCAUCUGUGAUUGUGGCUGUCAGGCUGCGGCCGUUUACAAAAGAUGGGGCUUCAGAGGGACCUGUAUGUCCCGUUAGUAUGCCCAAACCAGGUACUGUUCACCUGAGUGAGCCUAAUGCCAAAAGCAAUAAUAUUCGCGAAUAUAAAUUUGACCACACGUUUUGGUCACUGGACAGAGAAGCAAGGUCCGUACCAUACGCCAGCCAGGAAGUGGUGUACAAUACACUUGGAUUCCCUCUACUACUGAAGGCCUUAGAGGGUUACAAUACAUGUAUUUUUGCUUACGGGAUGACUUCUUCAGGUAAAACAUACAGUAUAACUGGACCUCCUGAUGAUCCAGGAAUCAUCCCAAGAAUCGCUGAAGGUUUAUUCGAAGAAAUUGAGAAGAGAACGUCUUCCAGCAACAAUUUCUGUGUAAAAAUGAGUUACUAUGAAAUAUACAACGAACGGAUACGUGAUCUGCUUUGUUCAAAUCCUACCGGAAAUGGGCUUGUCAUCCGAGAACAUCCAGUAACUGGCCCUUACAUUGAUGGGUUGUUAUCUGAAAAUGUUUAUUCCGCGUUAGACAUUUCUAAAUGGCUUGGUUUUGGAAAUCGUUUACGCACUGUAGCUGCCACUCCCUUAAAUGAUAACAGCAGUCGAUCACAUACUGUACUUACUUUAUCGCUGACUAAGCGUUCCACUAUGAAAUAUUCAUUGGGAGAUGUUGACAAUGUAUAUAAUAGUCAAAUUACCAUUGUUGAUCUCGCUGGCAGUGAACGUCAGACAUCUACAUCCACACUUGGUGGGCGAUUUAUUGAAAGUUGUCAAAUCAACAAGUCGUUGUUCACUCUUGGGAAGGUAAUCACUCAACUUUCUCAGAAUGCUACCAACAAGAAAAAGCCAUUUCUAUCUUCGGAGCCACGAUUGGGUUCUCGGGAUAUUCAUCCAGUUGGUUCGGUCACUCCAUGCCGGUUCAUCAACAAACGACGAAAUUUCGUCUCAUAUCGGGAUUCUUUACUAACUUGGUUACUAAAAGACAGUUUAGGUGGCAAUGCGAUUACAGUGAUGCUAGUAACAAUCAGUCCUUGCCCUACUCAUUACGAUGAGACUUUAAGCACUUUACGCUAUGCCAAAAAAGCCUCAUCUAUCGUAAAUUCAGCGGUGGUUAAUGAAGAUCCCAAAAGUCAAUUAAUUCAUGAAUUAAUAUCUGAAAUACGUAAUUUGCGGCAAAAGGCAUCAUCAAUUUUAUUUGAACCUGGUACAUGUCAGGCAUACGAGGUAGCUAAAUUGCAAGAACUCAUUUCAAUCCGUGAACAAGAUGUUCAUCAGUUACGAAGGAGGCUAACUGAUCAUCGUUUUGAAGAUGGAAACACAUCUGAUAGGAUGAUCCCACCUACACAAUACAAAUCAACGCAAACUUCUACAGAAUUGUAUCUUGAUGAUACGGAUCCAGGAUCUCAAAUAUCCCCAAGAUCACUUUUUGAUAACAACUGUGUGAAUACUGUUACACCGCUACGCAUUGGUGAAAACAAAAGGGCUUCAUUAAUACUGGUAUACAUCCCCAUAACUCCAACGACACACUGUCAGCUUGUUGAACAGAUUGCUAGCUUAAAGUCUUCCUUACAAUCCGUACAAGACGAACUGGCGAGAGAAUCGCUGUCAGCGAAAUAUAAAGUUGAGGAACUUGAUCAAAAGGUCAUCAUACUACAAAGAAAACUGCAAACUCAAACACGCCUACUCGACAAUUUUAGACAGGCUUUUGAUAGAUUGAAUCGAAAUUACCAAUCGGUCUUGCAGUUAUGUCCUCAACUACUAAAAAAGAUUGCGUAUGCGACCGCAUCUGACCAUGGGCUUAGCGACAUAACCAAUCAGCUGGUUCCUUCCUGUGUGUAUGAAAACUCAUGGCGGAAUGAAAACGAAUCAGAAUCUUCUGCAUAA